AUGUACUGGAAAGACGUCUUCCAAGGAAAUGCCCCACCACCCGCGGCCGACAAUGAACAACCGCCUGCAGGUAUUCCAGACUUGCUGUCUGACAACGAUGCCUCGAAUAUCGAUUUCUCACCCCCCGACCCUACGGCGAUCUCAUCAAGCGGAUGGGUAGUGAAUUCUAUACUCGGCCAGUACGGUCCAGUCGGCUACGCUGCUGGAGAUACAACACCUACCUUGGCGAAUAAUCUUUGGAUCUCUGCUUCAUUCGACCCCAAUUACAGCCAGAAUACUGGGUACCAAGUCGACGUCAACGAGUGCGAGAAGUUCUUGAACAUUGUGUUGAAUGGAUGCAACACUGAUAGUGUCGAUGCAAAGUACGGUGGACAGGUCGAAGGGAAUUACGCUUUGUGGAAUAUCACCACCCGCAUGGGUCACAAUCCGACUCCUCCAAACGGAAUUCCCCCUUCACCACUGGAUUUUCCUAAUGGGAAAUGA